AUGAGUUCGGCUGAACAACAACAACAACACCUGUCGGUGGUGGAGGAUAGUGAUCAAAGAAUGGUGGAACAUAAUGAGGUUCCGAUUAUGGCCAAACCAGGAGAAGCAAAUGCAUACUUUCCAAGUUAUACGACAAAUCAUCCAGUUGAGAGGGAUUCUGAUGAGGACGAGACUGAGGAAGUUGAUGAUGAUGAAAAUGGAGGACGUUUCUUUGAUCCUCUCUUUGAAUUCAAGGAACAAGACAGAUUGUUGCCAUAUGCAAACAUUGAGAGAAUUAUGAAAAAAACUGUGGAAAUGUUUAAUAAGAGUGCUAAAAUUUCAAAGGAAGCAAAGGAGUGUAUGCAAGAAUGUGUCACAGAAUUUAUUUGUUUUGUGACAGGUGAAGCAUCCGAUCUUUGUGUAGAAGAAAAGAGAAAAACUGUGGCAGGAGAAGAUGUUUUGAAUGCCUUGGAAAAACUUGGUUUUGAAAAUUAUUGUGGAGCCUUAAAAGAAUGUCUGACGAAACAUAGAGAAUCCAUCAAAAAUGACAAGAAAGGAUCUGGAUCUAACAAGAACAAAAAAAAGUCAUCAAAGGGCGGAAAGAAUAACAACAAUAAGGAUACUAAUUGUUGA